GUUCCAGCCUGUGAUUGUAAUUCUUCAAUAAUUAUUUAUUCCAUGCAAAUGCACUGACGUAUUUUCUCUACAAAACAGAUGUUCACGAUGUUUCAAGCCACUUUGCGAAUUAUCAGACAAAAGGUGGUCAUUUGUUAGUUCCUUAGCAGUUUCUCAGAGCACUCGGCUUUACAGUUGCGCCAAGGUGUGAAUCAACUAGCUGGGUUCAAUCAAGGAAGCAAGCCAAGCUUAGAGCUUAAACUAUCGCGAUGGAAGCACCGCUCAACCGAUGUACCAUGCUCCGGUUCUUGAUUGCAAUAGUUACAGUCCAGAUAACAGCCAGCACAGACCAAUAUUACCGACAUAUAAAUGGCCAAUGCAGGCUACGGUUUCCUCCAUACAGAGAUGGUUACUGUUUUCGAAGCUCAGCCUGUCCUGGUGCUGUGAUUAGUUCCCUAUGUCCACAGCACAGUGCUGAUGUUGGCUGUUGCAUAUUGGAAUAUUACCCUUCUUAUGGCAAAGUUUCGUCUAACAUCACUAUUGAAAUGUUCAAAGCAGUAUUCAACGAGACUAUUAGGAGUCAAGCUCAGUUUGUUCAUUUUCUACGAUCUUUGGAAGAAGCAAAAGUCACCUCAUGUCACCAACAAAGUGCCUAUUUGACCCAGAUUGCAUUUGACACAAACUUUCUAUCCACAAUGGAGGAAGUCCCAAAAGACCUGAAUCUUAAAAGCAAGAAUGAAUUGAAGUAUAUUGGUCGAGGGGCAAUUCACAUUGCUGGCGAGAGCUUUUAUCGAUGGCUACACUCAAAAAUUCAUAAGCCUGUUAUUGAAAAGCCCGAGAUAUUAUCCUUUCCAAGUUUAUCUUACCGAUCAGCUGCUAUGCUCUGGGCUAAUUCAUAUUCACCAACAAAAAACAGCCCUUUGAGCAACGUUUCUUACAACGAGUUGGCAAAUGGAUCGAAGUAUGGCUUCCUGUUGCAGAGUUAUUUACUGCGUGGACAUCUAAAUGAGGUUGACAGACUCCUGGCUAUCUGGAGAAAAGUUAACAAGGCUCUGAAUUGUGACUGUGAAGCGAGCGAAGGGCCAAAAUGCAAUGUCAAUGGUCGUGAUGGGAAAUGCAUGCUUGUAUCUGAUUGCAAAGGCAAGCAAGCAGUGGCUGUCAACCAAUGCUUUGGACCGACAAACCUCGUACAAUGUUGUCUAGGAUUUUAUGGGCCUAUUCACAUCCAAGCAUUCGUGAAACAAGAUAUUUGGCAAAGAUAUAACGUGACCAAGACAAUUUUGAAGACCCUAGAACAUACUGCCUCGACUCAAGACUCAAGGUUUACUAUCAAAGCAUUCACUGAAAGAUUGGCAUUAAACAAGACAGCAACAGGUCCCCGAAAGGUUGAUUUACCAUUGAAUAUUUACUUAGACAACCAAAAUGGACCCAACGAAACAACACAAGAAAACAGUCAAAAAGACGAUGUGACUGGUUUCCAGAAGAAAAUUGCAGUAGUUAUUACGGACUACAAUGAAGUCGCCAACGACAAAUUGAAGCUGUGGAUAGAUGGGACUGCGUGGAGCCCUUCAGUGCUGAUCUUGCAAAUCGUGGACAACAAUAGAAUCAUUGGUCAAGAUGGGAUCAUUAAGCAGAGAUUUGAAGCAAAAGCAGCUGAGAUACGUGACAAACUAAAGGAGAAAAUUUAUUCAGGACCAUGGUUCCUUCCUUUCAAUACCAAGCUGAGAGUUGACCUUGAAAAACACGAAACAACAUUAUUAGCAAUACCACAUGAUGAACACUCGACUUUGAAGCCUGUGUUAUCUGUAGAAGCUUUUAAAGGAGCUUCCUCAGUUACUGGAAUUUCGCACAUGAGUGAUCUCGAUAUCAGCACGAGGAGCCAUUGUCAUAACAAGGAGACGAAUAAUACAAAAAAACAUUCUGACAACAGAUUAAAGCAACAGAAAAUUGUCGUGCAAUACAUCUCGAGUCCACUGCAAUCAAAGAACACAACAGAAACUAUAGAAACAAUUGUUCUAAAUUCAAAAGCCAUAAUCAUGUUACGGGGUGUUGGAACGACAAAUAUCGCUAGAGUUUUGGUAUCUUUUCAGCACGUUAGCAGGAAAUCAGGUCAAUUGAAGGGAACCGAUGCAAGCCUGCUUAUUGCGAUUAGCCAUUUGACGGUCGCUCUCUCUUGUAUCAUUGUCUUGUCAUUAUUUAAGCUGUUUAUGUUCAGCUCGACAGAAACCGAGUUAACAGUCAAUGAAAGCAUUGAAACUCACGGAAACAACGAUAACUUAUCCUCAUCCGGAGCUGCUUCGUUCCAUAUGUAUUUCUCAUCUUCAGAACAUGGAGAGUUUAACAUACAUCCAACGACAGUUGAGAAGUACUUUGAUGAAAAAGCAGCAGAAGACUGCAACAUAGCCUGUGAAAAUAUUGAAACAAAGCGUUAUAACCAGACACCUCUGAAGUCGUUUAAACUGUCUUGCAUUUUGAUGUUCAACUUUGUUUUGGCUUGCAGCAUUUUUAACCCUCAGUCGAAGCAUUGUUUGUUGGCUAUCAAGUUCAUGCAGCGAUAUUUAAGCAACAUGACUUACUUGUGGCUCAUAUGUGAAAUUUCCCAAACUAGUGAAGGGAGAAUUAAGACAUUUGAUUACACAAAUAGAAAGCGCUGUUUUCAUCUUAUCCUUUGGGGUGUUCCGGCUGUUUUGUGCUUGAUCCCAUAUGUUUUCAGGAUAACUAUUGAUCAGCCGUUGGAUUGGCCAAGCAUAGAUGCAUAUAUUGAUGUAUUCUCAACUGGCUUUCUUUUUGUGAUCGCUACAUGUUUGUGGACAGUGAACUUAAUAAUGGGUAUCCAAAAUAAAAGCAGUAAAAUACCAUUUUCUGCAUCAAUGAUAUUGUUGCUGCUAAAUGGCCUUUUUACAGCUGUAUGGGGAAUGGCAACUUUUCAAGAUUAUCUUCAACAUUUCCACUGGUAUCAGCUAGGACGAAUCAUUGCUAACUUUGCACUGGCGGCUUUUGUGUUCACAUCUGUAUGUUCAAGCCCAACCCAGACAUAUAUCAGACACGACCAUCAAAGGAUGAAAGCAGCACCAACUGCAAAAGAUGAUGUCUAAACAAGGCGAACAUUGCGUGAAGUUAUAUUUUGAUUUCCACAAGGCGACAUUUUUUGGUGCCCAAUUUAAAAUGGCAGGCAAUGCCAAUGGUUUUAGAUUAUUAUAGUUCCUACUUUUUGGGAUUUCGAUACGAAAUCAAAAAUCAAAACUCUAUAUGCCUCUUGGAAAUCCGCCUGAACUCUGCUAUGCAUGGGCGGCACCAGAUGGGGAUGGGGGGCUGGGGGACUUAAGCCCAAUAACUUUUUUGCAAAAAGUGUUUUCAAGAGAAUAAAAAGAAUAGAAAUAGAAAAGAAUAGUGUGGUAAGUCCUUUUACAAUAUUUUAAAGGAAUUAGACGGGGUCUAUGGUGCCCCAUAAAGUAACGAAUUCAAUUUUAAGAAUGGAAUUAAUCAAACGUAAAAAACCAUACCUUAAAAAUAGCAAAAUGUUUGCAAAAAAGGUCUGCGAGGAAUAUUCUGAAAUGUAUUUUGAAUUAGCCUAAAGAGCGUGGUUGCAAAAAUUCUUUCCUCGUUUCGCUCGCACGGAAGCUUCCCUUUUGGAUGUACCUAAGGCCCCCGACAGCCUCUCGCCGUCCUUCCAAUGUACCGCUAGCAUAACAAUUGCCCCAUAAAAUCAUAGGCAUAAGAUAUCGUGAAGCAUUAUAGUGCGUUUUUCAAAAGUUGGUUUUUUAGUCUAAUAAUGUUAGCAACUCGAGCCCCCUCACUUUCAAUUUCUUGGCGCCGCCCCUGCUAUGGCUCUAUAGCUGCGUCGCUUCACAAGAUGAGACAAUGAGCUACUGCUAACAAAAACAGUUACUGAGAAAACAGACAAAGAAAUCGUUAAACGAUUCACUGAUGUAAAUGACAUCCUUAAAUAACAGGCUUCCUUUGCUCAGGUUGAUAUUGCUGAUAGACUCUUUUUUAUAAGAACGAUUUAAUAAAAACCCGAGCCUCAAAAUUGGUCAAUUAAGAACAAAUUAAGGACAAGCUGGGGUUAUGGUAGCGUAAAAUAUAAUCUUUGACAAAGUUUUGUAGCUACGGUGAUGAGGAGGGGGGGGGGGAGAGAGAUGGGGUUGGCAUACCCUUCGACAAAUGAUUCCAUUGCCUUUUGACAAUGAAGCGUCGCAGUUUUAGAAAGACUGACUAGUCUGAACCUCAAUUUACUUAUCCUUUUAAAAAGGUGUGUAUACGUUCAGUUAUCGAUAAUAUACUUGCCGGAUAAUCAGAGGCGAAUUAAACAGACUUAAGUUGAUAGCUUAUCGAUAAACAAACAAGUUUAUGUUAACUACAAUCUAGUUGUAUAAAGUCGAUUUUGUUCACAUUUACGUCAGCUUAUAAAGCUACUUUAGCCAUUAGAAAUUAACCUAGUUGUUGAA